AUGGCCCAUCCACCGCCACCUGGAUGUCACGUUGCCGCCGUCCUUUUCAUGACAGAGAAUGAAGAUCUCGAUCCUGAAGCUAUAGAAUCUCAUACAUUGAGAUUGGCACUGGGAGGCGUUGCUGGUAUACUCGUGCACGGUGAUAAUGGGGAGGCUCAGCUGCUCUCAGAGAGUGAGCGACGCGAUGUUAUCAAGAUCACCCGCCAGGUGUUGGACAAGAACGGGUUCACUAACGUUCCUGUCAUCGCUGGUGCCAGUGCAUCGUCUACCAGAAUGACAGUCCAGCUAUGCAAGGAAGCAGCAGAUUCCGGCGCGUCGUAUGCACUUGUCUUGGCGCCUGUUCCCUGGCCCCUGAAGAUCACCCCUGAAUCUGCUAUCGCUUCAUAUCGCACGAUCGCAGAUAAUUCGCCCAUUCCCAUCAUCAUCUACAAUUUCCCAACGGUCACGAACGGGUUGAACCUCGACUCUGACGUGAUCGCGGAUCUUGCGGAGCACCCAAAGAUCGUAGGCGUGAAGCUCGCUUGCGGUGAAAUGGGUAAGCUUCACAGACUCGCAUCGGUUUUCUCUCCGUCCGAAUUUGGGAUAUACACGUCGACGACGGAUUGCAUGCUCCACGGUAUGAUAUCUGGAUGCGCUGGGACGAUGUCAGCGUCACCGAAUAUAACCCCCAAGCUGCAUGUGAAGCUGUAUGAUCUUUUCAAGCAGGGUAAUAUGGACGAGGCGCUGAAAUUGCAGACGGAUAUUGCCCAUGCGGAUUGGGCGGUAAGGAAGCUUGCGCCACUUUCUGGGUUCAAGACGGUCGUAGCGAAGAAUUUUGGUUAUGGGAGUAAUGUUGUGCGUUCGCCGUUGAAGGCCGCGGGGGCAAAUACUUUUGUGGGGAGCAAGCAUUCCGCGGCUUUGGAGAAAGUGAUCUGGAUGGAGAAGCACCUUUGAGGAGCAUGUUAUGGAGAAUAUGGCUUGGAUCAAUACAAUCGUGUCUUUGUACAAGGGUGGCUGUUCGCACUUGGUGCCACCAAAGUCACGGCCUCAUG